CGAGGGCCUUGGCGGGGCCAUGACGGGGCCCUGAGGGGGUUUCGCUGCGGGCCCGGGACUUGCAGCAUCUUUGCCAGGGUCUUGAUGCACCCGGCGGCAGCUGGAGGUGUUCGCCCAGUCCCCGGUCUUUGCCGUGGCCCCACAGCCCACGCUGGGAGCUGGAGACAUUUGCCAUGGCCAAGGGCUUUGCUAAGGGCCCAAGGCCCUCGUGAGAGUUGGAGUUGGUCACCAUGGCCAAGGCUUUCACCGUGGUUUUGAAGCGCUCGCCACAGCUGUGAUCUUUGCCAUGGCACUAAGAGCCCUAACUGAAGCUUGAGGUGUUCACCGUGGCCAAGGCCUUCUGUAAUGUCUUUGCCGUGGCCUUGAGGGGCUUGCAAUGGCCAAGGGCUUCUCCGUGACCCCAGGGUCCUCACUAAAAAUCUGAGGUGCUCGCUGGGGUCUUGAGGUUCUCACUGUGGCCAAGACACUUGCUAAAGUCUGCAUCUUGGCCAAGGUCUUCAGCAUGGCCUUGAGAUGCUCACCAUGGCCAAGGCCUUUGCUGUGGCGCCUAGACCUGUCCGAUGGCCAAGGUCUGUGCCAUGGCCCUGAGGCCCAUGCUGGGAACCUGAAGUACUCACUGUGGCCAAGGCCUCCACCAUGCCCCUGAGGCUUCAUGCGGUGGCUCUAGUGCUUUUACCAUGUCGGUAGUCCACACCAUGGUGCUGAGGUGCUUGCCAUCACUGAGGUCCUGCUGUGGGCCUAAGGUGCUGGCCAUAGCCCAAGCCCUCAUUGUGGUGCUUGCUGUAGCCCAGAAGCGAUGGCCAUGGCUCUGAAGUUGUUGCCGUGGCUCCUGUCGUGGUCCUGGGGUGCUUGCCAAGGCCUUGUCGUGGAGGCACUUGCUGUGCAACCAGAGGCAGUCCCCAUCACUGUCAACAUGGCCAUGAAGCCCUCACUGCAGCCUUGAGGCGCUCCCCAUCGCCCUCAGCCUGGCCCCGAGGUGCUCCUCAGCACCCUCUGUGUGGCCCUGAGACACCGGCCACAGCCCCAGGUCACAUGCCAUGGUGGAGGCACUCACCAUGGCCCUGUGGUGUGUGCCGUGGCCCUCACUGUGGCCUCUGUCGUGGUCCCAAUGUGCGCACCAUGACCCUGACCCUCUCCGUGGCCCUGGUGGUAGCUGGCUGGGGGCCCCUGGGUGCCUGUGGUUGGAGAGGACCAGGGGCCCUUGCCAUCACCCCGUGCUGCCGCCACCCACCGCUGCCCUUUCCUUUUCUCCCCUCCCAGGUGCUCUCGAGCUGGGGCGAGGGGAUGAGGUGCCCCCGUGCCGCGUGGUGUGCCGAAGCGGCUCUUUAGAUCCUCCCCGGCCCAAGCCUCCCCUGCCAUGGAUGCCUCGGGGGCUCUUGCUUCGGCUCCCUCCUCUGCGGCUCCCUCGGGCUCCCGCAGCCCCAUGUUCCCCCCAGGAGCUGACAGAGAGGAGUGGGGACCGAGGUUCAAUUGUGCCCCUUCCACCUCUGCCGCAGCCUCGCAGGCGAUGCCAGCAUCUGGCCGGAAGAGGAAGGCCAACUUCUCCAAUGACGAGACUGAGACGUUGGUCUGGAAUGUGGUCCGGCAUUUCAGCGCCCUGUAUGGGUCUGAAGCCCUGCGGGCUCACCCCGUGCGGCGGAAGCAGCUCUGGACCCAAAUCCAAAGCCGCGUCAACUUCCUGGGCUACACCGAACGCUCCAUCGACGACCUCAAGCACAAGUGGCGUGACCUGCGGCUGGACGUCAAGAAGAAGAUCACUUCCAAGAAGCACCUGCCCAUGAACCGUGCCGGUGGGCCGCUCCACAAGCCACGCCUGACACCCCUGGAGAAGAUGGUGGCUUCCACCUUCUUACAGGCCAGCCACGACUCAGAGCCUGAAAUCAUCUUGGACCCAGAUCUGUUCUUCCCCGGUGCGACCAAGCAGUCCUUCAUGCACCUGCAGCCUGGCGUCAGCCACCCCAGCAUCUACAUCGACACCAACGGGCAGCCCUCAUCCCUGCCAGAUGUGGAGGGCUCUGCUGUGCCCCGGCUGGCAGUGCAGAGCCCCGACCCCUCCAUCAUCUGCGAGUACAGCCGAGGAGAAGGGCAGAGCAGUUCGGCCGAGUCGGGACCAGAGCUGCGGACUCCAGACGUGUCAGCCAUUUCCCCGUCCCUGCGAAACGAGUCCCUCGUCUCCUACGCCUCCAUGUCAGAGGAGGAGGAACGGGAAGGCCGGGAGGUGGAGAGGGGCCACGGCGGGGCCGUAGGGAUGCAGCCCGGGCCUGAAGCCCCCAUGACUGCGGAGGAAGACAUGAAACUGUCCCGCCAGGCCAUGCUGAUCCGCAGGUGCAGCUCCCAGGGCUCCGUCACCUCCCUGCCUGAGGACCCUCUCAACCCUGUGGACGCUCACUCGGACUGGGGCCACGAAGGGGUGUCCGACCUUCCCCCCCUGGGCCGCGGGCUCGACUCCUCGCACCCCGAGGAGCAGGCGGGGGGCCCCGGCCCGGAUAUGGGCGCUUUGCCUAGGGUACUGAUGGGGCCCACCUGGGAGAAGCCAACUGCAGAGGAGGAGCCCCCGGCCCGCUCCCCGCUGCACGGCGCCCUGACCGAGGAGUCGCUGCCCUCCUCCGCCUCUCCCCCAGGGGACGCCCCAGCUGCCCCUGGCCCGCCCCGCGGCCUGGGCUGCUCCCGCCUGCGGGAGGACCGCCAGGAGAGCUGGAGGACUAACAUCCAUCACCUGCUCGACCUGGAGGAGCAGUGGGACCAGCUGUACCAUCAGGAGCUGGCCAUGUGGCAGGAGGAGCGGGCCACCCAGCGUGAGGAGAGGGCCCGCGACCGCGAGCUCCAGUUCCGCCUGCUGGGCGUCCUGACGGACAUCCGCGACGAGCUGCGCUACCUGCGUCAGGAGAGGGCCAGCGCCCGGCAGAGCCAGGCGCCACCGGCCGAGCCCCGGCCAGACCCCAGCCCGCUCCUUGAGCAGCCCAAAGCCGAGCCCGGCUUCCCCGAGCCGCAGGCCGGAAGCGCCAGCUGGGGAGAGACCGCCGUGCCCAGCCGAAGCCCCUUCGGCAACCGGGGCCGGGGCCGGCGUCGGGGCCGGCCGCGCGGCUCUGCCUCCAGACACAGACGGCUCUUCCUCACCAACAGCUAGGGACGGGCAGGGACGCUGUCCCACGAAGGACAUGGUGUGCCUGCGGCCCUCCCGGCGCCUGCACGCAGGGCUCCGGCCACACCGUGCGUGCCUGGCCACGGACAGAGGGGUGUGCACGUGGGGGAGCGGCGUGCGGGGGUGUGCGUGGGAGCCGCCUGGGUUGUGGGAGGCAUGCACAAGCAUGCGGCCGCCGGCAAGGUUGGCACCUGCCCCCCGGCACGGCCAGGCCCCCACGAGCACGGGGAAGGUACAAAGGGGCACGAGUGGCUGGCGCUGGGAGCGCGCUGGGCACAUGCCUGGGGAGGGAGGUGGCGAUACACACGUGUGUAAGUCGUGCAGGUGCCCAGGAGGCCUGCCUGCACCCGUGGCCGCGCCUCUGCUGCUGUGGGCAGCCUGGGGCAGGGCCCACGAGCGUGGCUGGCCGGGUGCGUGUGAGAAAGCGGGGCGCUGGCACACAGUGAGGAGGCGUGUGCGUGCGUGGUGUCAGUGGGGCCGUGUGACAGCGCUAGUGAGUAGGAUUACUACCUUCGGGGGGUGGGGAGUUAGGAACACUUAGUCGCUGAUGUGCGAACAUUUUAUGCAAAUCAUUUAAUGACCUAAUUUGCAUAUAACCAUAAACUUCUGUUUAAAAAAAAUCCCCAAAAAACAGAAAAGACGUCUCU